CUCGUAGAGGUGUGAUAAUCCUUCGUCUGUUUAUUCAAUUUACUGACAGAUGAUUGCGGCUCGUGCACGCCCCAAAAAACCUUGAGACAUUCUCCUCUUUAAUCUAAUUGGAUGAUAAGUGGGUACGCACUGUUGAAGCCCGAAGCCAAAAACGCUUGCCCGGCCUAUUUCUCUGGAGUCUAUUCUCGUCACAACCCCUCGCGGUUUCAUCUCAAAUCCCAUUUGCUAUUGUACCUGCCCAAUAGCAGGGACCGAGCGCGUUUUAACUCGGAUGGCAUUUUUUUUUAUUUCAUCAUUGCAAUCCAGCGCAAGUUUGACGCAGUGAUCUCUGAGCUCUCACUCUGUUCAUCCUCAGGAGCUGUUUGUCUCAACUCUCUUUCUCUCUCUCUCUGGCUUAGUUUUAACAAAAACGAUCAUCUUUUUCGAGUGUUUUUUUUUUUGUUCGCCCUAGAUAAGUUUUGAUGGUGAUCCACAUCGGACAGUAAACGGUGAUGGCAGACUCUGAUGCGCAAGAGACUCGCCAACCUGCAAAAGACUCGCCGUUCUCCAUAAAGAACCUGCUGAACAUUGAAGACAAACCCACAAAGCCGAAAAGCUUCCUCGGCUCGUCCAGAGGAGUGUUUGAAGGCAGCUUCUUCUCUCGGCUCGGUGACUUGUCUUUCCCUCGAUUUGAGCUGCCCACACAGAGAAUUGGACUAUCAGCGCAGUAUUUGGAGAGAGCGUCCACCUGGUGGUACCCUUACACGCUCGGGACGCAUCUGAGGACUGGAGCAGGGUCUGAGAAGGCCAGCCUGAGGGCAGCAUCGCCGGUACCGGACAGGCGCUCCCCGGAUCUCCAAAAAAGUGACCAUGAUGGCAAAGAGGAAAGCGCCGACGAUGAUAUCGCGCUGGAUGACAGUGACUCGGAAGAACCGAAGAAAGAAGUAGACCAGGAGGACGACUGGAGGAGGAAAACGGACGAGCUGGACUCCGAUAGGAAGCCCUGUCGGAAGAAGAAGACGCGCACGGUGUUUUCCAGAAGUCAGGUCUUCCAGCUGGAGUCCACCUUCGACAUAAAGCGCUACCUGAGCAGCUCGGAGAGGGCAGGCCUGGCCGCAUCCCUGCACCUGACGGAGACGCAGGUGAAAAUCUGGUUUCAAAAUCGGAGGAAUAAGUGGAAAAGGCAGCUGGCCGCGGAGCUGGAGGCGGCCAACCUAAGCCAUGCUGCGGCACAGAGGAUUGUGCGGGUCCCCAUACUUUACCACGAGAACGGAGCCACAGAAACGGCCGGGGGCCCCGCUGUAAACUCACCGGGCAGCCAGUCACUCCUGGCUUUUCCCCACCACAUGUACUAUUCCCACCCGGCACUGCUGAGGCCUGUUUAACACUGACUGUGUCAUCUGUACAUAUGUUUUUAAAUGAGAGGACCUUCAUUGGAAAAAAAUAAAAUUUUGUAUAUUUUGUAGAUUCAACGGACACAAUGUUAGGUCAUGUAAUUAUUAUUAUUA